AAGGGUGCUGGAUGGGAAUGCUGUAUUUAAACUAUAACUAUACCAAGAUCCAACAAAAUGACUCUGCAGGUGCUGGAUCAUGCCGCUAGAUGUGAUGAGACCUAGCAAAACAACGACAUCCUACAUCCAGUUAAUAUCCGGGACUCAACCAGUUGGAAAGAAUGAAUCACAGAAUAUUCAGACACAGCUGCAAUUUAAUAGGACUGUGCCCGCUGUCCCGGAAAACUUAGCAGUCCGAUAUUCCGGGCCCCAUCCAAUUCUGAUAGAGAAACUGAAACCGCCUCCGCCCCCGAAGGAUCCCGGUGUUGGCGAUGGGCCAGACGUCAGGAGCUCCAUCCCGUUCUCCGUCGUAUCCGAAGAGAAGCUGAACUUCGCUAUCCACCUAGCCAAAAGGGACAUGAAACGGAGACAACUAGAAGAGCAAGUGAGAGAUGAUGUUCUGAGUGGUGGGUCAGGAUCCCUGCGGGGGGCUGGGCAGAGGAGGAGUAAAAUCCCUGACCGUGGGCCGGACAGGAGUCAGUCGAAGGCUGGGGAACUCCUUCGGGACAGCCAACAGCUUCCCCCCGUGGCGGAGGUUACCAAUUCAGGGGCCAAAGUAUACCUCUACACCUCUCACCCUGGACAGUCGUGGCUCAGGGGGCUCAACUCGCCCCCCACGCACGAUCCGGGCCCCGAGUUCCAGGGCCACGCCAAGGCCGGGGAAGAGAGGCUCGUGCGAGAAGUUCGGCGGCUGCAGAAAGAGCUGAGGAGUUACGUCCGGAAAAUUGAAGACGUGGUGAAAAAGGGUCGAAGAGAGGAGGCUUUGGAUCCAGAUGAAGAACGCCGAGGUCGCGUCAGGAGAAGAGAACAAGCCGUUCGCUCUGCUCAGACCCUCUAUGUACUCCAGCAACAGGUAAAAGAAAUUCAGGAAGAAUUGGAUAAACUGAGUCCACAUAAAAUUAAGCAUACUAAGAAGUUCCAGGCCGCGUCCAGACUGGCAGCUGCUCACCGAGGAGCCAUCCGGGCCUUGCAGAUGUUCGUAUCCCAGUUCAGCGACCCCAUGGAACCGGCCGGGCCUGACCGCUGCCGGGAGCUGGGGGGGCUCAUCCGGCAGCUCUCUCUCUGUUCCGCCAAGCUCGGUGCCGACCCGUCUGUGCCUGACGCUGUCCUCGAUAUCCUGCAGCAGAUAGAGGAUUUGAAUUCCCUGUUGGAAAAGAAGCAUUCUCCCCCAAAGGGGAAGCCAUGUUUUUCUCAUAACAAGAGCAAAUUUCCAGCCACUGGCAAGAUGGCAGCCGAGUUUCUGUCCAGUCCAUCUCCACAGAGAGAGAAGAAACCGCCUGUCUCAAAGGAGAGACUUCCCCAGGAAGCCAAGAGCCCUGCAGUGACCAGAAAGCUCCUUGCUGAAGAGCAUCCACCCGGGAUAAACAGGCCUGAGAACUGUAUGUCGAAGAGACCCUUGGACUCAUCGGAUCAAGGGAUCUGGCCUGAGGAAGACCCCCUGACUCCCCACCAAAACGCAGUUUUGAAAGCAAACAUCAAGGCGCAAAUGAGAACGGGAGCUGGGCAGAAGGGAUUGAUGACUGAGCCUUGGCCUCUGGGGAAUAAGGGUGUCCUGUUGCCUCCCAGAAUACAGGGGAGUCGGAAGCCAGAGAGAUCGAGACACCCCCAGCCUCCCGUCAAGAACGUCAGGUUCCAGCAGAUGACUUUAGCGUCUAGACUGAAAAAGAAGCAGCCACCUGUUAAGGAUCAUAAAAAACCUUGGAUCCCACCAAGUCCCACAUCCCCGCCUGCUUCCCCUAAAUGCGCUGCCUGGGUAAAGGUGAAAACCAGCCCCACAGAUGCCCCAAGACAGCCCCCGGCACCUCGGCAGAAGGAAGAUCAGGAGGGAGGAUCCUUGGGGGCUGUUGAACAGGAAGCAGUCAGACUCGCUUGGGCUGAUGCAGAAAGUUCUAGAAGAGUGAAAGAACUGAAUGCCCUCUGCUCAGAGGAAUUGGAUAAAAUUCAAAGACUCAGGUCAGAGGGUGCUUCUGCCAGCCAGUUGGCUGACAGAGUCGAGAAGGUGGUACUGGAGCGUUUGAAGCCUCUUUUGGACAGAGCCCAGAAAGUCAAUUUCACUUCGGAAACAAAUACUCAUUUGAAAGAUUCUUCAUCUGUAAACAGACUGUCAACUCAGACUGCUGAACAAGCUCUGGUCAGUGCAGACAGAUUGAAUGGAGAUGUCCCAGGCGAUCUUUUGGAAGAGGCGGCUCGAGGACUCUGGGAUCGGAAGCAUCCCCAGCUCUGGCCGGCAACAGCGGCUGAUGUACCGGAUGCCCUGACCCUGGAGACCAUGUUGGAAAGGAUGGAAGAAAUGGAGCAACACCAGGAAGCAGUUUGUCGAAGAUAUCAUCAAAUUCUCUACGCCGAUCCCCAUCUCUGGACACAGGGAGAGAAAAUCGGUAGGGAAAGCGCAUCAGUGGACCAAAGGCCAUCGUCUCCCCGUCCAAUCAGAAUCACCAAGACAGUGGGCCACAAAGCACCAGAAGUGGACAUUGUUUUAGAACAACCUUUGGAGGGGAUCUGUUUGGAUGAAGGCGCGGAGAUGGCGGGGAGACCAGAAGAAGGAAGAGGCCCCGUGCCGGGGGUUCCCUCGGCCGGGCCUUGGCCGAAGCAGGGCAGGGUGCCCCUCUCCAUCCCAAGGGCUGCCCUGAGGAGCAUCGAAGCCUACAGUGGCCGAUACGAGCAACACCUGAAGAUGAUCUCGCACGAGCCGAUAGGCUCCUUCGAUCCUUGGCGCAUUGCUGAGAGCCUUGCCGAAGAACUACUGGAUGAAGCCCUGGGGGAUGUGGCGGCCGAACUGCAGGACAUCUGUGAGGAUUACGCAGAAGCUGUUUUCACUUCCGAGUUCUUGGAGCCAGCUGAGUGAUGUCCCUCAGGCCAGCGGCGGCCGGGGAGGGGCGGUCCGUGCACUUCCCCGUCCUUCCGAGCUGGAGGUUGCCACCUGGCCAGUGAAUGAGGAACGUCUAACGAACCCGUCCUGUUUUGGCAUUUCUUCAUCGGCCGAGCCACCACUUACUUCGGGCAUCUCAACGGGCCACAUUCCCCCAGCCCCAGGAAUGCAAUGAGGUAGAAUAUUCCAAGGGAAAAAGUUUUCCUGUGGGAAUGAUCGUCCCUCCAAGUUCAUUCCGGGCAGGUCAGAGACCGUUUCAGGAAGACGGGAGAUAGGGCGGAGUCCAAUCCAAGCAAAUAUACGGGAUCUGAGGGAAUCACACCGGCCAGGGAAUGCGCCACCCCCUGGGAACCUCUACCGCUGACAGGUUAAAGGUCACCCAAGUCACACGAAUGGAUGGCUGCUCGCCAACACAGAGACCGGCCUAGGUUUUCCUCUUUGGGGGAGUGCUGGGAUUGGGAUUCAGACCUCGGAAACACUGGCAAAUGGUGACCUGGUUACUUUCGCCAGGAAGCCUGCAAUCAGUGUGGGGUCCCAGCCUCUUCCACCAAACCUUCCCUUUUUCCCGUGGACAGAUGGCGCAUCUCCAUUGGAAUAGUCCAGUGUCCUUGGCAGCCUUUAGAAGGGAGGGCGUAGGCUGUUUUCUUUUACUGUGGAAGUGAAACUUCCAGACCAGAUGAGCGAACAUUUUUAAACCGAGAACUCUAGAGAAGGUAAAAGGUCAAUCUUCCCACUGGGCCUCUGGAUUUGUCCUACUGUUGAUACCCUGUCUAAAGAUGGGAAUCCCACCUGUUUUGCCGCACAUGAACAUUACCCCAAAAUGGACCCCCCUGGGAAUACAACUCGACAUUAGCCAAGAGCCCAUUUUCAGCAAAGUAAGCCACCUUUAUUCCAAAAAUCUAAGCGAUGUAAGCCAAAUUUUCCCCCAACAGUGAAAAUAGGGCAGGUUUUUACACCUUUCCAGUCAGGUCCCAGGACCGCCCACUGAGCUACCGCUAAGAGGUACUGUGCUUGGCUCUGCCCUCUGUCCAUCCUUUCAGCGCUUCCACACUCCCAAGAAGAUGGCAAUGGAUUUCCCUUCUCCCCAGCGGAAGAGCUUUGGGGAAGAUAAAGAAAGAAGGCUUAAAGCUGGGGUAAACUUCAGAAAGGCUCCUGAGGAGAUGAGGUUUCCCCUAAUCAGUAUGAGGCAGGGGCCAGCUCUAAACUGAAUUUCGGGCUUCCUAACCAGCCCAGACCUUAGCGGGCCAUCAGCCUGUUGUCCCAGUGUUAAGAUUCCAAAAGGAAGAGAAGCGGAUUUAGCAAAAGCCACACGGGACAUGGUUCUCGCAAAUAUCUGGACUGGGGAAAGCUACAUGGAGAGCUUUGAGUAUUCCCACGUGGACCUGAGGAAGAAGCCAGUCCCUUCCCUGGGGAGAUGGGAAACGCAACACCCAAGGCAUCUUGGAUCCUUUUCCAGAGCCAGGAGGCCCGCGUCUGAUGAUUCAUCCUGAUUGAUAAUGUUGUUAGACCCAAAGUGAAUCUUAGCUUGCUGCUGGGAACUUUCCAGCCUGGCUUUCUAACUUCAUUGGGUAAAUUAUUCGUUUACGAAAAGUCUCAGGAAUUCAUUUUUGCUUGCGUGUCAAAAUUGGAUUUAUAAAAGAUCUUGGCAGUGGGGCGGCGAGGGUGGUAAACUCAUCUUACAGGGCCACUUUCCA